GAACGGAGCGGUGCGGUGCGGUGCGGGGCAGCGGCGGCAGCGGCAGCGGCAUGGAGAGGGGGGUGUGCGUCUUCGGGGAUCCCAAGGUCGAACUUCACGUCCACCUGGAUGGAGCCAUUAGGCCAGAAACAAUCUUGCACUUUGGCAGGAAAAGAGGGGUUCCUCUCCCCGGCAGCACUGUUGAUGACCUCCUGAAGCAUGUCAGCUACAAAACACCACUGUCACUUACCCAGUUUCUGGAAAAGUUUAAUCACUACAUGCCUGCCAUUGCGGGUGACCGUGAGGCGGUGAGGAGGAUCGCCUAUGAGCUUGUGGAAACGAAAGCAAAAGAAGGUGUCAUCUACGUGGAGGUCCGGUACAGCCCUCACCUCCUGGCCAACUGCCGCGUGGAUCCCAUCCCCUGGGGCCAAACCGAGGGAGACCUCACUCCAGAUGAAGUCGUUAACCUCGUAAAUCAGGGACUACAGGAUGGAGAAAGGGAUUUCCGCAUCAAAGCCAGGUCUAUUCUAUGCUGCAUGCGCCAUAUGCCAAGCUGGUCUCCGGAGGUGGUGGAGCUCUGCAAGAAGUAUCAAAACAACUCUGUGGUGGCCAUCGACCUGGCUGGGGAUGAGACCCUGAAGGUGGAGGAUACCUCUGACCAUAAGAAGGCUUAUGAGGAAGCUGAAAGAUGCGGGAUCCAUCGCACCGUCCAUGCUGGGGAGGCUGGCCCACCUGCCAUGAUCAAGGAGGCAGUUUAUCUCCUGAAGGCUGAGCGCAUUGGCCAUGGCUACCAUGUCCUGGAGGACCCCGAGCUCUACAAGGAGCUGUUGAAAGCCAAGAUGCAUUUUGAGGUCUGCCCUUGGUCCAGUUAUCUCACUGGGGCAUGUCAUCCGGACUUCGGGAAACACCCAGUAACACAAUUUAGGAAGGAUCGCGCUAACUAUUCUAUAAACACGGACGACCCCCUCAUCUUUAACUCCAGCAUUGACAAGGAUUACAGCAUAGUGAAGGACUACAUGGGCUUCACCGAGGAGGACUUCAAGACAGCGAACAUCAACGCAGCUCAGUCCAGCUUCUUGCCCGAGAAGGAAAAGCAGGAGCUGCUCAACACGCUGUACGAAGCCUACGGGAUAGUCCCCAACGCAUCGUGACCCGUCCCCACGAGCCAGCGUGGAGCCGUGGCCCUUCUUCAUGCGUGCUUGACUCUCCUCCGUGCUAGUGGGAGCACUGGGAGAAGGUGCCCAGAGUCACCUCUAUUACUGGCACCCCUGCGUUAACCCUUACAGUGCUAAGCAGAAUCAGGCUAUCACACACACCUACCAAUCACCCCCACAAACUCUCUCCCAAAUCGAUAUCCAGCUUCCUAUCUUGCUGUUGUGUAAGCAAACUAAAACUGCCUCCUGGCCUGACUCCCUCCUUCACCUGCCGGUCUUUCUGUACUGCAAAUGAGAACAGAAGAACCUCCCCUGCUUUUUUUUUUUCCCCUUCUUUCCUCCUCCCCUUCUUUCUCUCUCCUCCUAGCCCUUGUCUGCAGUGCAGAAAUAACCACCUUUAGCGGUGACUGUGGCCUGGGUUAAUCUUCACCUUUCCGGGGAAAAGGUGGGUUGGUGCUGAGAGGGAGAGAGCAGACACUUCAGAAACAGAGGAUUUAUUCUUAUCCGUGUGGGUAGGAGGGGUUGGCCACAGCUAUAUUUACCUAGGGUUAGUCUUGUACUAACAAGACAGGAACGAGCUGGAAGCCGGUGCUCUUGCCCGUACACAGGUCUGAAGGGCAUUAAAAAAAAAAUGCAAUUUUUUUGGGGUGUCCUUUCUUGGAUAAGGGCUCCCGUGUAUCAGGCCUCCCAAUGUCACUGCUGCAGAAGCGCACACCUUGGGCUCAGGCUCCAGCUGUGCUCACAGCUGGCCAUGACCGUGCCCACACAUGCAUAGGAAGUUGGAAUGUAUUUUUUACCAUUUUGGGCCAAAAUCUGCCUUCUGGGACUUUUCCUAGUUUUGUACUCAUCCCGGAGAAUUCCUGUGAACUGCAGUUUGCUCUUCCUCUAUCUUUGCUUAGGACUUGGAAAAACCACACUGGAUUGCCUGUUUUACCCAUUCUGCCCUUUUCCUGAUUUGACAUAAUCUUUAGGCACUAUUAAAACCAAGUAAGUAAAUUAGUAAGCCAGGACCCAGUGUCACAGACUGACUCGGGUCCCAUCUGAAUUGCUUCUCUCAACCACGACACUGGCUAGACCUCAGGUCUUCAGUUUGGUGGAGAAUUCAUACAAAAAUACUCCCCAAAAUUCCCGAGAAGUUUUGGUGCAUUGUAGUAUUUUUACUUAAUAUGCCACAAAGCCAUGCAUCCAGAGAAGAGACCAUCUUUUUCUUACGUGAGUGUGUGCUGUGCUUUAGCAUCCCGGGUGUCUGCCAAGAUGCUUACUCCAAAGAUACUGUACCAAAAAGUUGCCUUUGACGAGGGGCCGUGGUCUGUGUGUCAGACUGGGCCAGUCUCAGCCAGCAGCAGCCGCGUGCUGGGAGCAUUUCCAUUCUUUCUGAGCUUCCAUUUUUGUAUUCUGAGUAAAAUAUCCAGCUCUGAAGUACAUGGUGCAUAUAUACACACAGAUAUAUAUAUAUAUCUAGCUAGAUAGAUGGUUAUGAGAGAGUGAAUUUCUUACUUUUAUAAAGCAAAUGAUAAAGCAUCACUUUUAAGAAUGUGACUGCGAUAAGAACUAGGCUUCUGGGGGGUCAUUUUUCUCCAAAAAUUGUUUCUGAAGAAGAGUUGAUUGUUUGGAUUCUGGACAUUGAUUGUUAAU